AACACACAAAUUAUAUGUCAAAAAUUAUUGAAAAGGAGUGUCAAAUCGUCAAUAAAUAUUCCACGUUAUCUUUCCUUGUUUAUAAAUUUAGUCAGAAAACCAUCUAAUGCUAAAUUCCCAAGUGUAAAUACACACCCAUUCGACAGUUUCAAAGUAUCCUAAUGUUCAGUUAGUGCAAAAAAUAUCUAACCAAAAAUGGCAAGGUCGCAAAAGGAUGAUCAACCUUUCAGUGAUAUGCAGCAUCACACCUGGAACUAUCGCGGGGAAGCACCGGACGGCAGCGCGCCCGGCGGGCUCGGGGAGCGGGCCGCACCGCCGCUGUUAUCUAACAACCCCUUGAUGAGUGACAACAUGUAUGUCAAUACCAACUCGUUCGCCGCAAACGAUGUUUACUUGAACAAACGUCCCUACAACAUGACUUCGCAGAUGGGAGACGGGGCCCAUAAGGACGAAAAUAUCCCCAUAAACAACAUGCAGAACACCAACUGCCAGAACAAUCUCCAAAACUAUGCCAUGGUGAACCUGAACAAUGGGCAACUAGUGCGAGUGUUCUACGACGAAAACAACCGUCGUCUUAUGAUCCCCGUGACUGGGCAGUAUGAGUUGUUCAGCCCGAGCCAGGGCGCGCGCGACCUGCCCCCGCCCCCGCCCCAGCCGCCACUCUCUCACAUGUUCACUCUCAGCCAGGAGUACCUAUCUGACAACAUCCCCAUGCCGCAGCCCUCUGCUCCUGCACCAACCACUGUGUUUGGCAAUGAUCACAUCAACCAAGCAACUACGGUCCCAACUUCUAACUUUCUGAAGGAAGUUCUGGGCAAUUGGGAGCCUAACUCCUCUGGCACCUAUUCACCAUUUGGGCAGAACUAUCCACUGAACCAUCCAGAUGCUCCGGCUAUGAAUCUUCCUCAAAGCCACCCUGUGCCAGAGCCACAGUUCCAGGCUAACAUUGCUAAACCAGAAAACCACUCUCCUAAGCGAAGUGAUCCACUUGCUGACACAAGCAACAAGAAGAGGAUUGUGGCAGAAGUUAAACCAAUGCGUCCUUCCUAUUCUGACGUUUUGGCUAAAAACAAAAUCAAUGCACCAGAACCAACCCGUAAAACUAAAGUACCCAAUGUAGAGGCUAAAGUAUCAAACAAAUCCAAUAGUGCCAAGACAGAGAAAAUCUCCAAUGUCAAACAAGUUUCUGAUGACAAUAAACAGAAGAAUGAUAAGAAACUGAACAUGACAUCAUCUGGAAGUGAAUCUGGAGACUUCACCAAUGAAGACACGGACAAGCGCCAGAAGCCAAAUAAAAAAACCAAGAACAAGAAAAGCAACAUGCCUCGUAAAUGGUCUUCCCUUGAUGAUAUAACUAAUGAAGAGGACAGUUACACCCACAGCAAUGAUAGCCAGUUUGUGUUCAUUGAGAACCACACUGAGAAGCCAACUAAGAAGGAUAAAAAGUACCAUGACAAGAAAACAACUGACAAGAGUGCAAACCACUCUGAAGAGUACAAAUUAGAUGAUGAGGAUUCGCAGUUUGUCUUCCAAGAGAGUCCAGUGGAGGGUCUGAAGGCACGUAGGAAGAAAGAGAGCCGUAGUUACAAGCCACCAAAGCCCGUGGUGGAGAAGAAGAAGCCAGCGGUGAGCAAGUGGAGGCGGAACAAGCCGGGCUACGUGGGGCUGGUGCAGGGCUGGGCGGAGCGCUGGGGUGGCGCCUCCUGGAAGGCCCUGGUCUGGUUCCUGUACCUGCUCUCUGACAUCUGCCGCAUGAGCGCCCAUCUCACCUUUGAUUUAUGCACCUCAGUGUUCACGCAGUCCUACGUGAGCGGGCAGGCGGUGUGGCGGAGCACCAGGGAGUAUGUGCGCAAGCUAGCAGACAACAAGUACCUGCUGUACUUGGACAGGAAGUUCGGACAUACGAGGUUCGGCUUCUGGAGGAAGCUCAAGUGGUUUAAGAAAGAAGCAGAGGCGGACAACGGAGACUCUAAGUUGGACAGCAACAUACCGCUCCCGGCCACCGGCGAGGAAGCUAUGAAGAGGCUCCUUGCGUGCAAGGGAAAAGACCCUUACAGUAUCCUCGGCGUAUCCGUAUCCUGUACAGACGAGCAGAUCAAGCGGCACUACCGGCGGCAGGCGUUCCUGGUGCACCCCGACAAGAACCCGUGCGCCGGCGCCGAGGAGGCCUUCAAGAUACUGCAGCACGCCUUCGACCUUAUUGGGGAGCCGGAGCGCAGAGAAUCCUACGACCGUCGCGCGGUGGAGUCUCGCCACGUGGAGGCGGCGUGGGGCGAGCUGUCCCAGCUGCUGGCACAACUGCACCACAAGAUGGAGCGCGCCGCCAACACCAUCAGAUGCACGAACUGCGGGCGGCGGCACAAGCGCGUGCUGACGGAGCGGCCGUGCUACGCGGCGCGCUACUGCGCCAUGUGCAAGAUACGACACUCCGCUAAAGAGGGCGACAUCUGGGCGGAGUCGAGCCUGCUGGGGCUGCUGGUGAUGUACUACGCGUGCAUGGACGGCGCCGUCUACCAGAUCACGCAGUGGGCCAGCUGCCAGAAGAAGAACCUGAAACAGCUGCGGCCGGACUGCCACCUGGUGCAGUACCGCAUCGUGCUGGGGAACAAGGCGGCCGCCUGCGACCCCGCCACGCGACCCGCGCCCGGUCACGAUCCCAACUUAGAAGAGUUCUUGAACAAUCUGUACACGAAGUCCGGAGUCCCGAGCGGCGCCAACACCAAGCAGCCAACCAACGAUGCGGCCGACAAGAAACGACGCAAUAAAAAACCUAAAGCAUGAAAUACCUACCUGCCAUAGACAACUAGACUCGGCGAAAUAUUACGCGAGACCGUUAUUAUUCUGAGGACUAUGAUUCAAACCAAUACUAUUGAGCUCUGCCUUCAUAUUAGUUUAUAGUUGUAAUUAUAAAUCAAACAAGAUGCUAUUUCGUAAAAUUGUUCUCUUAGUUAUAAAGCGAAGCAAUCAAUUAGUUAUAAUUAAAAGUUUAAAACUAAAAUUAAUGUAAGGUUGCUUCUAAAUUCGCUAUGUAAGGCAGUACAGUCGGCGGAGAGUAUGAGUGAGUCCAGAUUUUAGGAGUUAUAAUUACAAUUGACUUGAUUCAUAUCACUCUACCGUUGACUGUACGUUGCAAUUUUUGAAUUUAUAUUAUUGAUUAGUUCUAUUUUAGUUUAAUCCCUGAAGAUUUUUGCGUUCUAUAUUUCAUUUAAAAGUUUUAAAUCAUUGCACUAUCCCUCUCAGAUUCAAUACAGUUACAAUAGUUUUUUUGAAUGACAAAUCUAAAUCUUCACUUAUAUUGCUCCAAGUUUUCAUCUGCUGGGCGGAAUAUUUUUUUAACUUCAUAGCUAGGUAUUAUUAGCUCGUGUACUGAAAUCCUCCAUUUCUAUAAAACUCGAAUCUAACACUUUGUUUAACCAAUAAUAAUAUACUUACGUUUUUCUGCUAUUAAGCUAAUUAUUUUGAAUUUAACAAAGGGUACAAUGCAGUUUUUGUUAUGUUACUUACAAAGUAUAAAUUCAUAUCAAAAUGAUAAUAAAAAAGCUAUUUUAUUGUUAUGCAUUGAUGAUUCAUAAUGAUUGUUUUCGAAUUCUGAAAUGAUUAUGUUCGGGACCAAAUAAAUCCAUGUGGCGUAACAAAAUGAGUACUAAUAUAUCGCCCUAUUUAAAAGUUUUAAAACUAUGUAUUUUUCAUUGCAGCAUAAUGUGUGUGCGUUUUGCGUUGGAUUAGUUCAAAAUUGUACCCUAAAAAAACUAAUAGUACAACUAAUUGCAUUCGUGAACAUGUAGGAUAUGUAAAGUAAUAAUACUAAUCUCACUGCCUUCUACUGAGAUUUUAGUCAAGAGAUGUGUUUUAGGUUUAAUCGAAGAGAUUACGCUGUGUUCUGAGUUAUAAAUAAUAACGUACUACCUGUUAGCGUAGUAGCAUUGCGCUUCAUGUGUCGAUCAAUAAAUGAUGUGAAAACUAAA